AGCCUCGCGCAGCAGAACAAACACCAACAAGUCCUCUCAUCAAGUCUCCCCUCUGGUCUUCAAAUUUAUUUGUUUCAAGUAGUUUUUUGAGAGUUUGCUGUUUUAUGCAAUUUACAAUGGCUUAACUGGUUCUUAAAUUCAUUUAAAAUGCUUCGGGCGCUGAGAAUGUUAGCCCUCAUCUCGGUGUGAAAAAUGAAUGAAGGCGGACAUUGAUGACUUCUGAGCAGUUAACACUUUUUGCAGCGUGAUGUGGUCUGUGGUGUCCCCAGAGCGCACACAGCAGCCCAAGGUGACGUCGCUUAACCCAGGAUAAAACGAGAAAGCUGCCAAGUUACCCAAAACAGCUAGCGCAAUACCGGAAACUGAAAAACUUUUCUUUCAUAAUAAAAUCAUGCUAAUUCGUUAAUGGCCUACUUGGCCUCCAGGUCCAAGUGGGAUCAAAUAGGCUGCUGGUAUGACAGUUGCAGCAGUGCCUUAUCUUGGCGUGUGUUAAUAUAAAAGUGCUUUAGUGUAUGUAAUCUUCAUAUAGCUUUAAACUACAUCAGAUAAUGUGAAAGUUCGGAAAUGAUCUUGAUGAUCUUAUACCUUAUGCUUAAUUGGAGGCUUCCAAAUUUACUUGUGAUGUGUUUGAACUGGUUUUGUUAUUGUCUUUUCAGAAUAAUGAACAAAUUAAGGUACGCCCAAUGUAACACCACUGAUAUCAAUUUAAGUGUUUGAUACAGCUUGAAGGUAUUUUAUUUUGUUUCGUAAUCACUUCAACGAUUAGAUACCGCGGUUUUGGCACUAUCCGUUUUAUUUUGAAAGUGACGGGCGGAACAGGAGUGCCAAGGCUGUGUUGUCAGUGAGAGGCGCACGGUGACAGCAGCGGUACACCACCGGGGAGAGCGCGGCGGAGCUGGUGUCAGCCAGGAGCGAAAUGUGAAGGUGGAAUCCGACUGAGCAGCAUUGUUGUACCUGCCGACUGCUUCUCUGCAAGGAAGAAAAACACACUCACACACACGAACGACAUUCCUACACAGCAGGAACAGGAGCUUUAUAUUCAUUGGAAAUACCCUCGCUUUAUUUUUCUUAGCUUUUUUUUUUAUAUAUUUUUGUAGCGCUCUUUCGGGCUCUUUCCACAUUGACUGGGAGCAGUGUUGUAGGACAGUGAGGAGCAUCAUUUACGUUCACUGGAUAUUCGUUCUUAAUGACUCAAUUGGGAAGGAGUAAACUGUUCCGUGAAGAUCUCCUCUCGCUUUAUGGGAUUAUUCUCGACGGAGACGCUUUGUUUUAGAUAAGAACACGUUGGGCAUCAUGAGUUCCAGCGCAGCCUAUCAUGAAGGCUCUGCAGGCGGUGAACGAAGUUCCGGACCAAUCCGGUGCCAGCGAUGUCGAGAAGUAUGCAAAGGAGAGGUGGUGCGAGUACAAGAGACCCACUUUCACGUCAAGUGUUUCACCUGUGCCGUGUGCAACUGUGAUUUGGCUCGAUCUGGCUUCUUCCAGAAGAAGGGCGAGUACAUCUGUACGGCAGACUACCAGCGUCUGUAUGGUACACGCUGCGACCGCUGCGACAGCUUCAUCACCGGAGAGGUGGUCUCUGCUCUGGGUCGCACGUACCACCCCAAGUGCUUUGUCUGCAGUGUCUGCAGUAAACCCUUCCCCAUCGGAGACAGAGUGACAUUCAGUGGAAAGGACUGCGUGUGCCAGCAGUGCUCUCACACACUCGUCAAGUCCAAUGAACCGAUCAAGAUCCACGGGCCCAGCCACUGUGGUGGGUGUGGAGACGAGAUCAAGCAUGGUCAGUCUCUCCUGGCGUUGGAGAAACAGUGGCAUGUCAGCUGCUUCAGAUGUCGGACCUGUAACAUGGUCCUCACAGGAGAGUACAUCAGCAAGGAUGGAGUACCAUAUUGUGAAGCAGAUUACCAUGCCCAGUAUGGGGUGAAAUGUGAGACGUGCAGCAGAUACAUCAGUGGAAGGGUUCUGGAGGCAGGAGGAAAACAUUACCAUCCAACCUGCGCUCGAUGCUCCCGCUGUAACAUGAUGUUCAAAGAAGGAGAGGAAAUGUACCUGACAGGGUGUGAGGUGUGGCACCCAUUAUGCAAGCAGGCAGCGAGGGCAGAGAGGAGACUCAGGCACAGACGCCUGUCAGAGGCCUCCAUCUCCCCACCGGGCUCUUCCAUAGGCUCACCCAAUAGGGUUAUAUGUGCCAGGGUGAAGAAUGAGAUCCUAGAUUAUAAGGACCUAGCUGCCCUGCCAAAGGUCAAAGCCAUAUAUGAGGUCCAGCAGCCAGACCUCAUAUCCUCCUCAUACCAGCCCUACCACAGAUACACCUCUGAUGACAGGCUAGACACUUACAGCUAUGGGGAGUCUCUCGGGACACUCUCUCCUUAUUCUCAGGAUUAUGACAGUCUGGAUAUGAGGCAGAGGCGGUGCUCCAGUCCAGGCUAUAUUGACUCUCCAACAUAUAGUCGUCAAGGCAUGUCCCCCAUCAUGCCUCACUCUCCGCAGCACUAUGGCUACCCUGGCUCUGAAAGUGGCAGAAGUUCACCUUAUUACGGCCAAGAAGGGCGAUCAAGCACACCCACCACAAACCAGCCCCCUAAACAUUUUCAUGUACCAGCCACAGGAGACCCCAACAUCUACAGGAAGCCUCCCAUCUAUAAGCGAGCGGACAAUCACAUGAAUGCAGCCACUAAAAGCAGAACCAGCGAGGACAUCCUCAGAGCCUCCAGACUGUCCACCUUCUCUCCUGAGCCGUACAACCAGUCAGACUACUACCCGUACACCAGAUCCCCCAAGGCCUAUCGCAUGCCGAGAAGACGCUUCUCGACAGGAGGAGAUGAAGAGAGUUGGAGCCACAGUCUUCAAAGAAUUGGGAGUGGCAUCGGGAGGAUGAUCCUAAAGGAGGAGAUGAAAGCCAGAUCUGGUUCCUAUGACAACGACCCCUGGGGCAGUGCGAGGAAUUCUCGAAGUGGGAGCAAGGAAACACUCAACACUACAGGCUACGGCACCACAGCAUACAAUAACACUGUCAAUGGAUCUCCCAGAUCUCAGUACAGUGCUGAUAGUGAUUUUGUUUGUAAGUCCGCCUCACUACCAGGAUACGGACGCAAUGGCAUCCAGAGGCCUCAGAGUGCAGAUUGCUAUCAGUACCAGUAUGACAGUGGGAGUGAGGUCAACUGGGGAAGCAGAGAAUACAAGAUAUACCCCUAUGAAGCACUCAUUGUCACCACCAGAGGUCGCAACAGGCUCCCCAAAGAUGUAGACCGAGCCAGGCUGGAGCGUCACUUGUCCCCAGAGGAGUUUGUCCAAGUGUUUGGAAUGACCAUGGAAGAUUUUGACCGGCUGGCUCUGUGGAAGAGAAAUGAGCUCAAGAAACAGGCCCGAUUGUUUUAAUAACAUACGGACAUCUGUUGAAUACUGCCAUAACUAGAACGAGAGACUUGACUGACCGUGAGAGGGUGAAGAAAGAGAUAGGAAGACUUCCACUCAGUUUCACUGCCAUGGCUGAGACCCUGUUCUACUUUAGAUCUUCUCAUAUGAUCAACCAAAUUCCGGUCACACCAGCGCGAACAUCUGAGAUACUGAGGGAAAGCCAUAGAGAUAUUAUGCACAGAAGGACUAAUAAACUGUUACAUGGCUGCCAGUGCAACUGUGGCUGUGUGCUGGAGUGAUGUGUAAGCAAUAGAGACUGUAGUACAGGUGUGUUAUGCUUUUCUUAAGCCUGAGGAAUGGAGUAAAGCAUGACUGUGCCCCUAUAAGGCCACAUGAGGGGAUGUCUGCGACCAGAGCCGCAGAACUAAAACAUAGGCUGAAGAGGAGAAUUUUGGCUUUGCCUUAUUUGUUAUGCUCUCUUAGUUAUGAGUGUGCAGCACCAGCAAUCUGAAUGAGUAGAAUGUAGAUACAGUAUAUCAUUUAUGAAACUUUAUCAGGGUGAAUGAUUAGAUGAGAAGAAUGGGUGAGUGGUUACAUGGUAUAACUCUACUUUGGUUUAUAAAGAUGCUUUUUGUUUACCUGUUUUCUGGUUUUUGCUAUUUCACAUACAGUACUGUGUCCCUCUGGUUUACACCAAUUGAUACAGAGUGAAACAAGAAACAAUCCGAGGUGGACACAGCUUUUUCAAUUCUACGCGCUACCUGCAAUAUUUGUGUGCAAAGAGAACCAAAGUGAGGGUGCAAUUAUACAGAUUAGCAUAUCACUUUCAUGUAAUGUUCUGGUUAAAUAGUUAAAGGUCACCAGUAGAUACAGUUCACUGUGCAGCUGUACGGUAACCUUAAAGAAUGUGCAACCCAGUAAUGUUAGAUUAAAUAGAUAAGGGAAACAAGAAUUCAGUCCUCCUGCUCCAUGUUUCCCAGCUCAUUGCAAUAGAAUGACUAAAUGUAUUGGCUAAGUCAUCCACACAUUUACAUUCACCAUUAUUUAUAUUCUUUUAGAAUGAUAAUCCAAUAAUUUUGUAGCUACAGAGAUUAUAUUCACUCACAAUGAAACACUCUGCAGACAAAGAUCCAGGGUUAUUUUUGAUUUUGUCAUUAAAAAUUAAACUUGAAACAAA